AUGCAAAACGAUAAACUUGAAGAACAAGUACAAAAAAUUGCUCUAGACUUCUUUUUAAACGGAAUAGAUCCUCCAGUGAGCAUUUCAAAGAAAGAGAGUCAAUCUUUGAAUAAUUCAUCUCCCAAUAUUUCUUCCUCUCAAUCUUCAUUGGAAAACAAAGAAUUUAAAGUUCCGAAAAGUAAAUUUGACAAAGCUUCUUCGAAGGCUUCUAGUAGACAAACUACCGAAUAUGAUAAGAAGAUGGAAUCAUCACUGUCAGCUCGUCGGAAUGAAAUGAACAACAAGUCUACAUCAUCAGCCAAGAAGACGGCAUCUCUUUCGUUAGAGGAAUCAUCACAAUUGGACAUGAACACUUUCCGAUCUUUCAAACAAAAAACCUCUCACUUUAUAAAUAUUGAAGCUGGUGAAGUGGAUGAAUCAGCAAGGCAACAAUUUGGCGAAAUAUUCUCUCAACAAAGUUUUGGCUCUCCUGCUUUUUCUUCCUCCAUAAUGGAUAUGAAUUUCAGCGAUGACGAAUAG